CAACGAAAAGAAAACAAAAUAAAGAAAUGAAAUGAAAUGAAACGAACAACAAAACCAGAGAAAGAGAGCUUCGGAUUGCAGUAAAAGCGACUGGACAACGCUCUGGUUAGUCGCCAGAGCCACACUCGGGUCUCGCUGAGAGCGGAGCGGAUCGGAUGGGAUGGGAUGGAUCGAUGAAGCUGGAGCGCCUUGUUGAUUUACUUUCAUUUUGGUGGGGCUAUAAAAAGCGAAAGCUAAGCGCUGGAUUCGCUCAGAAAGACCGCAAAACUGCAAAAGUCAACUGUUCGCCCACGGAAAAGAAACAAAAGGAUUAGCAUUAUGGUUCGAGCCAUCUACCUGACCCUCGCAGCUGCUCUGCUGGCCCUGGCCUGUGUGGCGAGUGCAGCCCCAGCUCCGGUGGCGGAGUCGGACUUCGACACGAGCCUCGAGUAUUCGGGAUCGCGGCAGGCGGACGAGGAGGAGGAGCAGGCUCACAACUCCAGUGCGGAUAGUAGUGAGGAGCACGACGAUGACGAGGAUGUAGAGGAUGAUGAUGAUGAUGAUGACGAAGACUCCCUAAUCAGGAGACGGCGCGAUGUGGCCACCACUCAGGAGACGCCCUCUGAAGCGGCCACCGAGACCCCCUCAGAGCUGGAGAAGGACCCCGAGGCUGUGACAACCGCAGUGCCAGUGGCUCCCUCGCGCAAGCCAGUGCUGGUGCUCAUCCGCGAUGCCCUGAAGAAGGUCACCACAGAUCUGCCCACCGCACAGGUGGCCAACAACGCGCUGCAGUACUUCCAGCAGUUCGAGCACUUUAUCCAGCAGACCAUCGAGCAGGUCAUCGGCGAUGACUACGACGAUGAUGAUGAGACCCCGGCCACAGUUGUACCCAACACGGAUGAGAUCAAGCAGCCCGAGGCGGAGUCCGCGCAGCAGCAGCAGCCCGAAAAGGAGGUUGAGACUGCAGCACCCGAGCCAGAGCCUGUCAAAGCCCUCGGAGGAGCCAGCGACUCCCCUCAGCAAUGCUGUCUAGACGUUGCCUUCAACUCAAGUUCCACACAUAUUUCUCAGCUAUUUAUUGUCAUUUAUUUAUUGUUAGACCAUUAAAGUUAUGUCAUAAUAUACA